AUUUGAGAGCUGUUGAGUUUUUAUCUAACUUGCUUUCUAAAUUACAGGGAAAGAAGAAUCCUGGUACUGAUCGUAAUUCUGUACUGUCAUUCUUGGAACAAGUAAUGAAAGCGAAGGAAAUGAAAAUAGACAAUUGGCAUAUUCUCAUGAGGAUGAGAGCUCCGAAGGAAGGUUCAUGUGAUCCUAUUGCACCUCUGGAACUACCACACUCUUUACAUGCAUUUCAUCGUGUCUCAUCAACAGAUGAACUGAAUGUGGAAGGUUGCCAUACAUUUCGUGGAGGAUUCUGGAAUUACUUCAGCAUGGGAAUGGAUGCUCAAGUAUCUUAUGCUUUUCAUUCCGAGCGAAAGUUGCACCCUGAAAAAUUUAAAAACCAGUUGGUUAAUCAGAGCAAUUAUGCAAAGCUUGGCUGUACCCAAGGGUGGUUUGCUGCUUCUAUUUUUCAUCCUGCUUCAAAGAAUGUUGCCCAGCUUGCAAAGGUGAAAAUCAUGAAGAAACAUGGUCAAUGGCAAGAUCUCCACAUACCACAGAGCAUAAGGUCGAUCAUAUGCCUCAACUUGCCCAGCUUUUCUGGUGGUCUAAAUCCUUGGGGAACACCAAGUGGCAGAAAAAAGAACGAGAGAGACUUGACUGCACCUUAUGUAGAUGAUGGCCUUCUUGAAGUUGUUGGUUUCAGAGAUGCAUGGCAUGGGCUCGUAUUGCUGGCUCCAAAGGGACAUGGAACUCGCCUAGCACAGGCACACCGAAUCCGCUUUGAGUUUCACAAAGGUGCCGCUGAGCACACAUACAUGAGGAUUGAUGGGGAGCCAUGGAAACAACCACUACCAAAAGAUGACGAUACAGUUGUAGUUGAGAUUUCCCACCUGGGACAAGUGAACAUGCUCGCCACUCAAAAUUGCCGAUCGAAAAGCAUAAAUGAUGUUACAUCCUCAUCAACUCAUCAUAACGAUGAAGACGACGACGACAAUAGUGAUGAAGAAGACUCCAGAUCUGGGGGAGACGAGUUCAGGAAAUUUGGUGCGGCAGACACAUUCAGAAUCCCAGACGAGCUUGAUAUUUCUCAACUUAGUUAAACAUAUAAUAAUUCAUUACUUAUUCUGUUUAAUAAUGUUCGGAUUAAUUUAUG